GUUUGAAUUUGGAGUAGUAAUUUUUCGAUUCAGAAACCAAAAACGGGAGAACGGCUCUUUUCCCCCCGUUUUUUCGAAACAAAAAAAGAACGUACACGGACCCUCCACCUUGUGUGAUUAAACAGUGACUCAUAUCAACAUCUCUGACAGUCGGAAGGUUGGCUCCUUUCAGAGUAAAUCACACUGAGAAAAAUGGCUGGUGGGGACAGAACUAAUGAUGUACAGGCAGAGCUGGACUCGGUGGAGGCAGACCUAGAGUUGGUAGAGUUGCAGAUCACAGAGCUCCUGCAGAAGCAGGCCGAGCUGACUUCUCGUAAGAAUGCACUGCUGCAGCAGCUGGAGGAAGCCUGUGAUGCUGCACAGCCAUCAUCCUCUUCAUCUGUUGCUGAUCCAGUAAUGACCUAUGAGCAGGAGAUACCUCUUGACAGCACAGAUUUUCCAUGGUCCAGAGAAGUGGAGCAGCACUUGAAAGACUCGUUCCAUCUCUCAAAGUUCAGACCACUGCAGCUGAGGGCCAUCAACCUGACCCUGUCUGGCAGAGAUCUUUUCCUGGUGAUGCCCACAGGAAGAGGAAAAAGCCUCUGCUACCAGCUGCCUGCAGUCUGCUCUAAGGGUUUAACAUUGGUUGUCACUCCCCUGGUGUCCCUGAUGGAGGACCAGAUCAUGUACCUGAAGUCCAUGGACGUGUCAGCAGUCAUGCUGAAUAGGUCCAGUAGCAAGGAGCACGUCAAGACAGUCAUGACUGGAAUGACUGAUCCCAAGGCCCCUUUCAAGCUGUUGUACGUGACUCCAGAGAAGAUCGCCAAAAGUAAGCUGCUCAUGUCUCGUCUGGAGAGAGCCUACAAAGCAAACCUGCUGAGUCGUAUCGCUGUGGACGAGGUGCACUGCUGCAGCCAGUGGGGACAUGACUUCAGACCAGAUUAUAAACUGCUGGGCAUCCUGAAGAGGCAGUUCCCUGAAGUCCCACUGCUCGGGCUCACAGCCACGGCAACCAGUAGCGUCCUCAAGGACUGUGAGAAGAUCCUGUGCGUGCCACAGGCAGUCACACUGACUGCAUCCUUUAACCGACCUAAUCUCUACUACGAGGUUCGUUGUAAAGAUUCUGACAAUAAUGCAUCAAUAUGCGACAUUGCCUCUCUGAUCAAGAACAGAUACAAGGACCAGUCAGGGAUUGUGUACGUGUUUUCCCAGAAGGAUGCAGAGUCCGUAUCAUCUGAACUUCAGAAGAGAGACAUCCUGGCCUAUCCGUACCAUGCUAACAUGGACCCUGAUGAGAAGUCCCGCAUUCACCGCAAAUGGACCUCCAACAAAAUUCAGGUGGUGGUGGCCACCGUGGCGUUUGGCAUGGGCAUCGACAAGCCUGAUGUCAGGUUUGUCAUCCACCACACCAUCAGCAAGUCUAUCGAGAACUACUAUCAAGAGAGUGGACGUGCAGGUAGAGACGACCUUCCAGCAGACUGCAUCGUAUACUUUGGCUUCUCUGAUAUCUUCAGGAUCAGCACCAUGGUGGUGAUGGAGAAUGUUGGUCAGCAGAAGCUGCUGCAGAUGGUCGACUACUGCCAGAAUGUUGACAGGUGUCGGCGCUCUCUUAUGGCUGUUCAUUUUGAUGAAGUGUGGGACCAUGAAGGAUGCAACCAGAUGUGUGAUACUUGUCGCCAUGCAAAAGAUUACACCACUGUGGAAAUUACGCAACAUGCUAGGCAGGUGGUGCAGAUCGUGGAGCUAGCAGCAUCUAUGGAUGAGAAGCUGACUCCUCUGAAGCUGGUGGAUGCUUGGAUGGGAAAAGGCCCAGCCAAGCACAGGAAGAUGAUCCAGACCACCACACUGUCUCGGCUGCAGGCUGAAGCUGUGAUUGUGUUUCUGCUGCUGCAGAGAUACCUGAGAGAGGAUUUCAGCUUCACCCCAUACACCACCUACUUCUACAUGAAGCUGGGCUGCAAAGCGCCUCUGCUGAAGAACCAGACUCACAAACUCAGCAUGAAGAUGAGGCCAACAGUGACUGGAUCUGCUGUGGACACAUUGGCCAGUAAGGAGGAGAAUGAUAUGAGCUUUGACCCCAUUGUCAUAGACAACAGCUGUCCCCCACAUCCCAAAAAGAAACAAUUUAAAGAACAGAGGAACAUGUCAAGGAAACAAGACCUGAAGCCAGUCAGAGAGACAGACAAACGGACAGAGAGACCAAAAAAACAGCUGACAUACAGACAUGGAGAGGAAGAGGAAGACAAGAGGACAUUCAUCAUGCCUCAGCAUGUUAUUGAGGCUGAUGUUGAAAUUAACAUUAUAGAUAACAUUGAUGGUCAGAAAACUCCAUCACAUCCAAAUAAACCUCGUUCCAAACGCAAAUCCACCACCCCUCAGAGAGUGAGGAGGAACCCCCAUGCUAAAAUGGCAGCAGCAGAAGUUCCUUCUCCAUCCCCAGGUGGUGACACAGCCACUAACACUGUGCCCAGCUCUCCUUCCCAGGCCUCCAUCAUCUCUGAGACUGCAGCUGAGGAGCUCUGCGACCUGAGGAACUACUACAGCAAACAACUGAAGAGAAUAAACUACAUUUCCCAUGAAUACCUGGGGCAGCCUGCAGAUCCAGGAGUGCUAGCGUGUAUUAGGGAACCUCUGAGGAGCCUUCGUCUGCCCCACAGGGUAACCAUCGCCCAAACAGCCCGUAGCCUGUGGACACGAGUCAGCGGCAGAAGGAAGCUGGUUCACCGGUGACAUCACAGUUUGAAGUUCAUUCAGCUGCAGUUCGAUUUAGUCUUCAUGGAUGUACUAUCAAGAAAUGUUUACAGCUACUGUUAUAAUGUAAUCACAAAUGUUAUAUCUUCUGUCACAGAUUAAAAAGCCAAAAAACACAG